AUGGACUUCUACGAUAGAACCACUGAUCCAAAGCAUCACUUAAGCAAUUUCAAAAGUCAGAUGUACUUGGCCGACGCUUCUGAUGUUACUCGUUGCAAGGCUUUCCCUACCACCUUGACGAAAGCAGCGAUGAAGUGGUUCGACAGUCCUCCCCCAAGGUCGGUCACUAGCUUCGACGACCUCUCGCAAAAGUUCUUUAUGCGAUUCUCCAUCCAUAAGGACAAAGUAAAGCACACACUAAGCCUCCUGGGUGUAAAGCUGGAGGUCGGAGAACCCCUUAAGGGACUACAUGGAAAGAUUCAACAAGGCGUGCUUGGAGAUCCAAGACCUGCCCACAGAGGCAGUAAUUAUGGGCCUAGUAAAUGGACUCAGAGAAGGUCCCUUUUCCAUUCCAUAUCGAAAAGACACCCGACUUCCUUGAGUGAUGUACAGGAAAGAGUCAAGAAGUACAUCAACAUGGAGGAAAACGUCAGACUGCGAGAGCCGAACUGGCGACCUGGGCACUCUAACUCAUCGAAAGAAAAAGAAAGAGAGCCCAAGAAAAAAGAGGAAGUCGGCCUUGAAAGGCCUAGGAGAUAUCACUCCUACACUCCUCUAAGAGUUUCCCUGGUUGACGUAUACAGGAAAAUCUGCCAUACUAAAAGGCUACCACCCCCUAGGCCUAUCAAAAACAAAAAAAGGGGGAAUCGUGGCGACUACUGUGAGUACCAUAAGAUAUAUGGUCACCCAAUGAAUGAUUGUUACGACCUUAAAAAUGUGAUAGAAAAGCAGGCCAGAGAAGGUCAGCUUGAUAGAUAUCUCAUGAAAAGGUCGAACCAUCAUGAAAAAAAAAAGUGA